GUACCCAAACCAUAUUACAGUCGGGUUCUUCGAGAGGCCAGACGGACGCUAGAUCCACUCCGAGAGAGAGAAACGAAAGUUUGUAUAACUUAAGUCGAAGACCAAGUUUUGGAUCUAAUGCAACACCAGGUUUGUAAGGAAAUGGCUGCAUCCUCAUUAGACAAUAGGGAAAAGGCCACAGAGAUCCAUAAUGAACUGGUUGAUCAUUUGGGUCAACAUCUUGAGCCACAAGAUUUCAUACGACUGAAAAAGCGUUUUAGGAAUUGUCCUCUUACUCCUGCAGACUUAAAUGGCAUUCAGGAUGUUAAUGACCUAUUUGAACGUCUUACCAACUAUACGAAAAUAGAUUUGGGAAGCUAUGAAACAAUUAUAUCAAAGUUGAAGGUCAUUAAUCGUCAACAGGCUAGAUAUCUGGAGAAACAACAAAGACGAAUUCAAGAAAUCCUGAAUGAAGGACCACCGGCAGCAAAAAGACCGAGAACUGAAAGAGAAGGAGACCUGAAUGAAAAGUUUGCAGCUAUGAUAGAUACAACAAAGUCUACAAUUCAGACAGAAAAAGAUAGCUACACGUUUAUUUCUACCAAAAGUCUCCAACAUGCCCAUCAAAAACUUCUGGAGAACAAGAUCGUUAUAAUCCAGGGAAACUCGGGGGACGGGAAAUCAUCUACUGCACUUGAACUUCUCCGUUUGCUGUGCGGUAAUGAAGAGGAGGGGCAACAUAAACGAUGUCGACAACCACUACAACUACACGACAUAAAAGACAUGGAUUUGGUGGCACCAAAGUCACAAUUAGUUAUUCAUUUUGAUGACAUCUAUGGAAAGAAUGUUGUGUGUCAGGAAGAUGUGAAAGAAUGGGAGAAACGAGAAAAAGAAAUUCUUGCAAAACUUUGUGGAAAUGAAUCUGAGGCCAAUUAUCUGGUCAUUACAAUUCGUAGUGGGAUUUUUAAUUCUUUAAGUGGCCUGGGAAAAUUAUUUACCAAACAAAACAUUGUCGAUCUUAGCCAGUACAAAGAAGAAAAAGAAAAACUUGCAUUGUUAAGGUUGUAUGAACCAAAAACUGAAUUUGUUAAAUGGACAGAUGAUGAGGAGAAACAGAUUGUGGCCUCGGCCCCAGACAUUGGGUUUCCACAGUGUUGUAGAUUAUUUAGGGACACACCUAGUUUACAAACAGAGAGAGUCAAAUUCUUUGAAAGACCUUUGCAUUAUUUUAAAUCCUCUUUAUCUAAAUUAGAAGACGGGAAAUUUUAUGGUCUGCUGUAUCUGUUCCUCAAUGGCGGCUCAGUUGUAGAACAUGAUUUAGACCCUUCCAUUGAAAAUAUUGAGGAAAAUGAGAAAAUGAAAGCAGCAUUUGCUUUUGAUGUAGUAAAAGUUAACCAAACACCUGAGCUUAUUCACAAAAAAGAGAAAAAGAAAGCUGAAUUUGUAAAGGAGUCAUUAGAAUGCCUUUUGGGUUGGCUGGUGAAAAAAGAAUCUACACUGUGGGAAAAAUGUCCCUCUUACAAAUUCAACCACGACUCCAUUGAGGAAACAGUGGCACUUCUGUAUGGAGAGAAAACUCCCAUUGGCUACAUACAGAAUUGUCCCAAAAAGUUCCUCAGUUAUGUAACUACAACAAAAAACACCCCAAACAGAAUAGUUAUAUCAUCUGAUAAUCAAACCAAUGCCAUGUAUAAACGUAUAGUGAAAGAGUUUCAAUCUGUUGAUCCUAAAAGUUACUGGUAUUUGAGUGAGUAUGACUAUUUAGCUACAUUAGAUGUAUGGACAGACACCCGGUUUCUACAGGGAUUUAUUAGUUGGCUAAGUGGUCAGAAUGAUGACAAAAACUUACACCAACUGAUAAAAGGUGCCUUGUUAAAUGGAGCUUGCUCUAUUGGUUUAGAAGAUCAUUUCUCGUAUCUCCUUUCUGUGGGUGCCACAACCGACAAUGAUACACCGUUUUGUGUAGUGGAGGGUGGGAGUGUACAACUACUGACACAAAUACUAAUGUAUGACGUCAUUCCUACAGCGAGGGCACGCAGGUCACGAUCAUCAUAUUAUACUGAGAAUAUCAAUGUCCUACACGAGGCGUGUUUGUUUGAGAGAGAAGAGAUGGUGACCAUGUUGUGUGACACUUACCCAGACUUGGUACAUGAGACUGAUAACGAGAGACAAAGCACGCUCCAUCUUGUGGCAGAGACAGGAAACGUUGGUCUAUUUCAGACAGUGGAGAGAUUGAUACUUAAAUCAUUGUGUAGAGUUGAGGAUGUACAACAUAAGUGUGAGACAGAAAAUGGUCGUGAUGUACAUAGGAGUUGUGUGUGUGGUCAGUACAUGUCACAGUUAGUGGACGAGGGAAGGGUCUACAAUAUUACAUGUUAGUUGUAGUGAGGGACACAGGGAGCUUAGUUUAUACCUGUGUCAGUGUUACC